GGGGUGGCGGGAACUGUCGGCCGCCGGGACGGCCUGGGUCUUGCACGCUGGUCUUGCACACAGGUCUCGGGCAGGUGUUGUUAUAGGCAAUAGAAGACAGCAAAGGACAGAAGAGGCAACAGCUCCUGCUAAUCCACAGCUGCAACACAUGAUGUCUUCUGGCUUCAGUGUUUUUAGAGCUGACAUCUCUUUUGUCAUGAUGUGCCUUUUUUAUAAGUCAACUGAAGAUUCUCUGCCACAACUGAGUCCUCAGAAUUAUUUCAAUACAUUGCAACCAGGAAAAGCCUCUUUAGCUUAUUUUUGUCAAACUGAUUCGUCAAGUGCCUCAAUAUUUCUUGAACAACUGAAUGAGGCUGUUAGCCCUCUUCAGGACUAUGGGAUUUCAGUUGCAAAGGUUAAUUGUGUCAAAGAAGACACUUCAAAAUAUUGUGGAAAUGAAAAGAAUUUGAUGAAAGCAUAUUUAUUCAGGGGCAACAUACUGCUCAGAGAAUUCCCGACUGACACCUUGUUUGAUGUGAAUGCUAUUGUCGCUCAUGUUCUCUUUGCUCUUCUUUUUAAUGAAGUGAAAUAUAUUACCACCCCAGAAGACCUUCAGAACAUAGAAAAUACUCUGAAAGGAAAAGCAAACAUGGUUUUCUCAUACGUAAGAGCCAUUGGAACACCAGAGCAUAGAGCAGUCAUGGAAGCUGCUUUUGUGUAUGGGACCACAUACCAAUUUGUCUUAACCACAGAAAUUGCAGUGUUGGAAAGUAUUGGCUCUGAGAAUAUCCAACAUGCACAUCUCUACUUUUCUCAUUGUGAACCUGUCCGGGAUCUGGCUCAGCAGUGUAGAAGAACGCGAAUGGAGUGGCCACUGACCACCUUGAACAUUCACAUGUUUGUGAAGACUAUGAAAGCACCUCUGUUGACUGAAGUUGCUGAAGAUCCUCAACAAGUUUCAACUCUUCAUCUCCAGCUGGGAUUACCACUGGUGUUUAUUGUCAGCCAACAGGCUACAUAUGAAGCUGAUAGGACAACCGCUGAAUGGGUUGCCUGGCGUCUCCUGGGAAAAGCAGGAGUGCUGCUCUUGUUAAGGGACUCUUUGGAGGUGAGCAUUCCUCAGCAUGCUAAUGUGAUCUUCAAAAAGGCAGCAAAGGAUGUUCCAGUGGAAUAUUUAGUUUUCCAUGAUGUUGAUUCAGUAAUUUCCCAUGUGGAAAAUAAAAUACAUGUUGAACAAAAACAAGAAGAUGAAGAAGAUGAUGUGGAAGAUGCAGAUCUGGAUGUUCAAGAUGAUGAAGUUGCAGAAACUGUGUACAGAGAUAGGAAGAAGCAGUUACCUUUGGAGCUGACAGUGGAACUAACAGAAGAGACCUUUAACUCAACAGUAAUGGCCUCUGACAGCUUAGUGCUCUUCUAUGCUGGUUGGCAUGCAGUAUCCAUGGCAUUUCUCCAGUCCUAUGUUGAUGUGGCAGCUAAAUUGAAAGGCACAUCCACUAUGCUUCUUACUAUAAUAAAUUGUGCAGAUUGGUCUGAUACAUGCACUAAGCAAAAUGUAACUGAAUUUCCUGUGGUAAAGAUGUACAAGAAAGGCGAGAACCCAGUGUUAUAUGCUGGCAUGUUAGGGACUGAAGCACUCCUAAAGUUUAUCCAACUCAACAGGAUUUCAUGUCCAGUGAACAUAGCCUCAAUCCAGGAAGCUGAAGAAUAUUUAAGUGGGGAAUUAUAUAAAGACCUGAUCACCUAUUCUAAUGUGUCAGUACUGGGACUGUUUAAUCCAGCCAUGAUAACAGCAAAAGAGUAUUUCAUUGAAGCAGGAAACUACCUAAAAGGACAUGCCAUUACUGGAAUUUACUCGAGAGAUGAUGUUUGGAUAUUGUCAAAUAAAUAUGCUGUAACUCUCCCAGCCUUGCUACUUGCCAAACACAAAGAAGACAAAAUAGAGAGUAUUCCAGUAGCUGGCUCUCAUGCACAAGACAUAGUUCAAAUAAUAACAAGUGCAUUACUGGAAACAUUUCCAGAAAUCACUGUGGAAAAUCUUCCUGCAUAUUUAAGACUUCAGAAACCACUACUUAUUUUGUUUAGUGAUGGUAUCAUAAAUCCUCAAUAUAGAAAAGCAAUAUUGACACUAGUGAAACAGAAAUACUUGGAUUCAUUUACUCCUUGCUGGUUAAAUUUAAAGAAUACUCCUGCUGGGAAAGGAGUCCUGCGGGCAUAUUUUGGCCCUUUGCCUCCUCUCCCUGUUCUUGUCUUAGUGAAUCUUCAUUCUGAUGGCCACGUAUUUGCAUUUCCUUCAGACCAGUCAAUAACCGAACACAGCCUUAUACUGUGGCUUAAGGAACUAGAAGCCGGACUAGAACAUCAUAUCACAACUUUAUCUGCUCAGGUGUGGAAGCCCCCUCUCCCAGCCUACGACUUUCUAAGUAUGAUGGAUGCUGAAAUCUCCCAGCCACAGCCCACCAAGAAAGUUCCUGAGUGUACAAAAGAAAGAGAUGUGCGUGAUAGUGGUAAGGGACAACAUGAAGACAAAUCAUCAGUCAAAAAAGAGCCCAUGGAAACACUGAGAAUAAAACAUUGGACUAGAAAUAACUGGUUUAAAGAAACAGAAAAAUCACUUAGGCAUGAUAAAGAGUUAUGAGUUGUUUGCAAGGGGCUAUUCUUUGUAUUUGGCUUAUUUGAGAGACUCAGUAAUUUAUUUAUUAAGAGCGAAUACUAAGUCAUAUCAAGUUUCAAGAAAAGUGCCAUUCAACAGCUGUUGAAUUUUACAUACAUAAAAUUUUCAGGUAGCUAAAAACAAUGUAAAAAAGAGCAGGUAAAAUUGAUUUGACCCAACUAAUAUACCCCAGAUAUGUUAAAUUAUAUGAAAAGCCUUCAGAGAUUGACUUUUUCUUUUCUUACUGUUUUCUUUUUAUUAAGUUCAAAAUCCAGUGUAUAAAUACAGUGUAUAUUUCACUUCAGAAGAGCUGUAUUUCAAGUGCUCAUUAGCCACACGUAUGGUUAUGCUACUGUUGUAUUAGACAGCUCAUUUGAAGACAAAAGCUAGUGCAAUUCAUUUAACUUAGUUCUAGUCACAAUAUAUGUUUGGAUCAAAAUUGAAAUGUAAUGCUAGUUUAAUCAAAGUUGACUCUACAGUCGAGUCAUAUAGCUGGCAGUUAUAUUUGUUGCAUUUUUCAGGCCUUUCUGCCCCAAGGGUUAUUUGGCUGUCAAGAUAAAGUAUUGAUAUCAUGGCUGGGGAAGCUACUGCAUCUAGUGGCUAGAGGCCAGUGCUGCCAAACAACCUAUAUCAAGACAUCCCCUCACAGCAAUGAAUUGUCUUACCCAAAAUAGCAGUACUGCUAAUGUUGAGUAACCUCUGUUACUAACAGGUAGCAGGGUGGACUUCCCAAAUGAUCUGGAUAUUCUCCAUAUAUAUAUAUGGGGGGAAAUCUUGAAUGUUAAAAAUAAAUACUAGGUGGCUUAAUACUAUAUAAACUAUCCUCUGGAUGUAAUUUUAUCUUAUUAAUUUUAAUAUUUUCAAAAGUGCUACCAUAACCCCCCAAAGGACUCAAGGUAAUAAGUAUUUUUAAAGAGAGUCUUAAAAUGUUCUCUUAUUUCUAUAGGCUAUAUUGCUAAAUUUCAGGUGAACAGAAAUAAAACAUUCUGCUAUCUUCUUACAAAAAGAGAAAUUUCCUUAUCUGAACAAUGUCCAAAACCUAUCUAUCCUUGUGAUCUUUGAACAAACAAGUUUAUGUCCUAGGGCCAUAAGACCUUAUCUUUAUGAGAGGGAACAAUUAGCCAAAAAUUAAUUUUCAUAACAGAUCAUUUACUGUCAGAUUGAUUUGUUUGCACCAGUUGUAUGCUCAGUUGCUCUGAAUUUUGAGACAUUUAUUGGGAACAUCCUACCUAGUGCUCUACUACAACCCUCCUUGUGAGAUCUACUUGUGGUAUAUUCUUUAAAUUUUUUCUACAUUUGGCAUAUCUAGUAAAACUGUUUCAUAACUGGAAUUUUGUAGCUAAAUGGCAAUAAAUUAUACAACCUA